AUGAGGGGCAGACUGACAGACGAGCAACGUGCAGAGCUCCUGCGCGAGCUCGGCGUGGGCCAGACGCCGUCGCCGGAGCAAGUGAGGGCCGACAUCGAGCAGGAGUGGUUGCUUCCCUCGAAGGACGGCAGGAAGGAGCUCGCAGCGGCAGAAUGGGCGAUGCACUGGAACCGCGACCCGGACCUCCGUUCCCUCCUGCACAUCGAGCCGACCCAGCCCACGACCUCGCUCGAAUUCAUCUCGUCUGGCCUGUCAGGCGAGAUCACGGGCUACCGAGAAGUGACGAACACGGCGAGCGCGCGGCUGGCGACCAACAGCACGAGCCUGGACCGGAAACCUGCGAGUUACGAGGGCAGCUUCGUCCGUGGGAAGAGCUCGUAUUUCCCAUUCAGGCCGGGAGGAUUGGGAGACAUUGUUGCGGAUGAGGACGAGGGAGCGGGGGCCGAAGGAGGACUAGAGAAGGCGGCGGAGGGACUGGAGAAGGCCUUCGAGAAGGGUCAAGGCGGCAUCCGCACGAUCCCUCCCGGUUUCACGCGCGGCCUCGACUUCGGUCCUCUCGCAGACGACCCAACCAGUAAUCUGAUCGAGGAGGAAGAGGAGGAAGUCGAGGUCAAGCCGAUCUACCGGCCGAUGCUGGAGCUGCAGAACGAGGGACGGGCCAAGGCUGUGACUAACGGUCGACCAACCGAACAAGCGCCCAUUCUCGACUCUGCCAUCGAAGAGCUGCUUCCAACAAGACGACUCGUCAAAGCACCUGCAGCUGCUUCGACUCGCCGAAGACCGGUCGUCGCGAAGCGAGAUUGGGCGCAUGUCGUCGACGUCAACCGCGAGAUUGUCAACUUCCACGAGCUUGUGCCGGACAUGGCUCGCGAGUACCCUUUCGAGCUGGACACGUUCCAGAAGGAGGCGAUCUACCACAUGGAAGUCGGCGAGUCCGUCUUCGUCGCCGCCCACACGUCAGCAGGCAAGACAGUCGUGGCCGAAUACGCCAUCGCCCUCGCGCAGAAACACAUGACCCGUGCGAUCUACACCUCGCCCAUCAAGGCGCUGUCGAAUCAGAAGUUCCGCGACUUUCAGCGCACGUUCGAGCCGAGUGAGGUGGGUAUCUUGACGGGCGACGUGCAGAUCAACCCCGAGGCGAGCUGCUUGAUCAUGACGACCGAGAUUCUGCGGAGUAUGCUGUACAAGGGCGCCGAUCUGAUUCGAGACGUCGAGUGGGUCAUCUUCGACGAGGUGCACUACGUGAACGACCUCGAGCGCGGUGUCGUAUGGGAGGAAGUCAUCAUCAUGCUGCCUGAUCACGUCGGCAUCAUCCUUCUCUCGGCGACCGUGCCCAAUACGAAGGAGUUUGCAGACUGGGUCGGACGAACGAAGAAGAAAGACAUCUACGUUAUCUCGACGCCAAAACGACCAGUCCCACUCGAGCAUUUCCUCUAUUCGGGCAAGGAGUUGCACAAGAUUGUCGACGCGAAGGGGCAGUUCCUCGGUACAGGGCACAAGGAGGCGACCGAAGCGAUCCGGCGGAAGCAGGACAAGGAGCGCGAAGCAGCCGGUCUCGGACCUCCUACUCGCGGCGGUGCGGCUGCAGGUGGACGAGGUGGAGCACGAGGCGGUACAGGCGGUGGUUCGAACAGUGGCGGCGGAGCAGCCGCUCGGCAAGUCGCUGCGAGGGGCGCGAUGGCUGCUCAGCGACGAGCAGGGUCGGGACCGCUCAACCGCAUGAACAAUCAGUCGAGGGACGCGAACCUGUGGAUCCACCUCGUCGGGCUGCUGCGGAAGAAGGAGCUUCUGCCUGUCGUCGUCUUCACCUUCAGCAAGAAGCGGUGCGAGGAGUACGCGUCGAGCAUGCCCAACACAGACCUGUGCACGGCUGCGGAGAAGAGUGAGGUGCACAUCACGGUCGAAAGGGCGUUGACGAGGCUGAAGGGCUCGGACAAGCUUCUGCCCCAAAUCCAGAAUAUGCGGAUGCUGCUGUCGCGCGGCGUCGGUGUGCAUCACGGUGGCCUGCUACCCAUUGUAAAGGAGAUCGUCGAGCUGCUCUUCGCUCGCGGUCUCGUCAAGGUUCUCUUCGCUACCGAGACGUUUGCUAUGGGCGUCAACAUGCCGGCGAAGUGCGUCGUCUUCUCCAGCAUCCGCAAGCACGACGGCCGCAAUUUCCGCGAGCUGCUCCCGGGCGAGUACACGCAAAUGUCGGGUCGUGCCGGUCGCCGCGGUCUCGACAAGACGGGCGUUGUCAUCAUCAACGCCGAUGCGGACGUGCCGGAUACCAACACCCUCUCGCACAUGCUCCUCGGCCAGCCGACCAAGCUGCAGUCGCAGUUCCGCCUCACGUACUCGAUGAUUCUCAACUUGCUCCGCGUCGAAGCGCUUCGUGUCGAGGAGAUGAUCAAACGAAGUUUCUCGGAGAAUGCGGCGCAGCGGUUAUUGCCAGAGCACCAGAAGAAGGUUGCCGAGGGCGAGAACGAGCUGAAGGAGCUGAGAAAGCUGCCGCCCGGUCCGAAGACGGACGACCUCAAGCGGUUCUACGACUUAUCGCAGCGAAUCAUUGAGCUCAACACCGCUGUUCUCGACGGCGUGCUUGCUCACCCGUCGUCUGGUCGGAUGAUGAGCGCCGGACGGGUUGUCGUUCUGUCGGAUGGGCACUUCCGCGACCACCCUGCGGUCCUGCUCAAAUCCGCACCUCCAGCUGUCUUGCCUUCGGGCGUGAUCGACCCGACGAAGCAGUUCUUCGUUCUCGCGUUCGUGCCGCCCGAUGUUCGAAGCGGUCACCAUGACGUCCCUGUCGAAGCCGUCCCCCCUCGCUGGCCUCCUCGCCCGUCUGCCAUUACCGAUCCCUCCUCCCUCACCUACGAACUCGCCAUCGUCCCCCUCACAUCUAUCGCCCUCGUCACGACUCUCGCCCUCAAGGUCGACGCAGACGCUAUCGCCGACCGACACCGCCGCUCCGCCAUGGAAGCGGCCGUUGCAGACUACGUCGCGUUGGCUGCAAGUGUUGGCGGCGAGCUGAAGGAGGCGGAUUGGAGCAAGGUUCGCGGACUGGAAUUCCGGGAAGCGCUGCAGGAGCGGGACGAGCUGCAGAAGAAGCUCGAGUUCUUGACUGUCGAGGAGGAAGACCUGGGCGAGCCGUACUCGAUCUUGCACUCCGAGCGGGCUUUGGAGGACAAGAUCGCAUCGCUUCGCAUGGCGCUGAGCGAUCAGAACCUCGAGCUUCUUCCCGACUACGAACAGCGCAUCGCCGUUCUAAAAGAGUUGCAGUUCAUCGACGACAACUCGACUGUCCAGCUCAAGGGUCGUGUCGCUUGCGAGAUCAAUUCGGCGAACGAGCUUGUAUUGACGGAGCUCAUUCUCGACAACGUUUUCGCCUCGUACGAGCCGGAGGAAGUUGUCGCUCUCCUGUCCGGCUUCAUUUUCCAGGAGAAGACCGAUGUCGAGCCGCUGCUGACGCCACGACUUGAAGAGGGCAAAGCGACGAUCCUCGCGACGUACGACCGCGUCGUCGCUGUCCAGGAGCGGCACCGCGCCAACUUUGCCGACGAGGGUUUCAACGGUUCGGGAGAGCUCAAGUUUGGGUUGACGGAGGUCGUCUACGAGUGGGCACGAGGCAUGUCCUUCCACCAAAUCACCCAGCUCACCGACGUACAAGAAGGCACGAUCGUCCGCGCCAUCACCCGCCUCGACGAAACGUGUCGCGAAGUCCGCGACGCAGCGAGGGUCGUCGGCAACGCUGAGCUGUACCAGAAGAUGCUCAAGGCGCAGGAACAGAUUCGGCGCGACGUCAUCUUCAGUCAGUCGCUGUACUUUACUGGGUCGACUGGCUCGUCGUGA